CUCCGGCCCAAGAUGGCUGCGUCCGUGGCGCGGUGCAUACGGCAGUUGCUGACUCGUCGGGGACUCCGGCCCCAGGGAGGCUGCGUCUGCAACCAGAGCCUACGGAGAAAUUUCGUUACAGAGAGACGGGAUCGGAACCUCCUGUACGAGCACGCGCGCGAGGGCUACAGCGCACUCCCUCAGCUGGAUAUGGAGCCGCUGUGCGCAUGCCCAGAAGAGGCCGCGCGCGCCCUGGAACUCCGCAAGGGGGUGCUGCGGCCGGUCGACUUGCCCGCGAUCAUCUCAACAUGGCGAGAGCUAAGGCAUCUGCAGGAGCAGAUCCGGAGCCUGGAGGAAGAGAAGGGGGCUGUGACGGAGGCAGUGCGGGCUCUGCUGGUAAACCAGGACAACAGUCAGGAGCAGCAGGACCCCCAAUAUCAGGGUCUGCGGGCACGUGGCCGGGAGAUCCGGAAGCAGCUUGUGCUCCUGUACCCCAGAGAGGCAGAGCUAGAAGAGCAGUUCUAUCUGCAGGCACUGAAGCUGCCCAACCAGACCCACCCAGAUGUGCCCGUCGGGGAUGAGAGCCAGGCGCGAGUGCUCCACGUUGUCGGAGACAAGCCAGUUUUCUCCUUUCAACCCCGGGGGCACCUGGAAAUCGGCGAGGAACUCGACAUCAUCCGGCAGAAGCGCUUGUCCCAUGUGUGUGGCCACCGCUCCUAUUACCUGCGUGGGGCUGGGGCCCUCCUGCAGCAUGGCCUGGUGAACUUCACACUUAACAAGCUCAUCCACCGGGGCUUCAUCCCCAUGGCAGUGCCAGACCUCCUCCGAGGAGCUGUGUUUGAAGGCUGUGGGAUGACACCGAAUGCCAACCCAUCCCAAAUUUACAACAUCGACCCCUCCCGCUUUGAAGACCUCAACCUGGCUGGUACAUCAGAGGUGGGGCUCGCAGGCUACUUCAUGGACCACACUGUGGCCUUCAGGGACCUGCCAAUCAGGAUGGUUUGUUCUAGCACCUGCUACCGGGCAGAGACAGACACGGGGAAGGAUCCUCGGGGGCUGUAUCGGGUACACCACUUCACCAAGGUGGAGAUGUUUGGGGUGACAGGCCCUGGGCUGGAGCAGAGCUCACAGCUGCUGGAGGAGUUCCUGUCCCUUCAGAUGGAGAUCUUGACGGAGCUGGGCUUGCACUUCCGGGUCCUGGACAUGCCAACCCAGGAACUGGGCCUUCCCGCCUAUCGCAAGUUUGACAUUGAGGCCUGGAUGCCAGGCCGUGGCUGCUUUGGAGAGGUCACCAGUGCUUCCAACUGCACUGACUUCCAGAGCCGCCGCCUCCACAUCAUGUUCCAGACCGAGGCCGGGGAGCUGCAGUUCGCCCACACGGUGAACGCCACGGCCUGCGCAAUCCCUCGCCUCCUCAUUGCCCUCCUGGAGAGCAAUCAGCAGAAGGAUGGCUCGGUCCUCGUGCCCCCUGCCCUCCAGCCCUACCUCGGCACUGAUCGGAUCACAGCCCCCACCCACGUGCCUCUCCGAUACAUUGGCCCCAACCAGCCCCAGAAGCCCAGGCUCCCUGGCAAGCCCUCAUCAAGCUGAGAACCCAUGCACAUCAGCCAGCAGGGUUGCCGCUGCUUCCUGGAGGUCAGGAGACCCCAAACGCCUGGGACCUGUUUUCCUGAGCCCGUCCUGACAUCUGCAUUCCUCAUGUCAGCUCCCUGCUUGGGCCCCUGGACUCCAGGGUCCACCUCUUCUAUUUUCCUACUUCCUCAGAAUCAGUCAGUGACCCCGUUGUCAUUGAGGGUCCCAGCUUGCAGUAGGAAGCAGGAUGUCUGGGGAUGGGAGGAGAGGAAGAGACAUACAUCCUCCUUCCCUCCCUCAGUGCUGAGCAGAAAGUCCCCAAUGAAUGCUCAGAACAAAGGCCUUUGUGGAUCUGUGAGCAAGGGAGAUGCCCCUGCCAAACUUCCUGGGAGGUGCUGGGCAACUGCUCAGAGGUGCCAAGUCAUCAAAGGGUCUAUAGCUGCAAGGACCGUGUCUGGAAGUGUCCAGCAACCCCCAGUGUACAUGGAGGUGGCUUGGGGGCCACCAGGGGAAGCCGAGAGGAUACUGUGUCCUCUCCCCUUCCUCUGGGACAAGCCAGGACAGGUCACCCUCCAGCAGACCCAGCCUCAAUCUACUCCUCAGUCCCCAGCUCCUCAUCCAACUGCGCCUUCCCCAGCUCCAGGUAGGGUCCAGAAGGCAUCACAAACUCAGUGAAGCCAAAACUGAUCCUCUAAUCAUUUUGCCUAAACUCACUCUUCCCAGUAAUACCCCUCUCAGCACGUUUUCCCAGUUGCUUAGGCUACAACCCUUCAGGUGAUCCUUGACUUUUUUCUCACAUCCACCUCCAGUUCAUUAGCAAAUCUGGCAGCUCCACCUUCAGCAUAUUUCCAAAAUCUGUGCAUUGUCCUUUCCUCCCUGGCCCCUGCACUGUUCCUGUCCACCGUUAUCUUCCAUUUGGACAGUUGCAGAAGCCUCCUCACCAUCUCCCUGCUCCCUGUCCCCCACACAGCCAGAGGGACCUGUGGACACCUGAAUCAGGUCAUGUCCGUCCCUGCUCAGCCCUCCCAUGACUCCAUCUCAGAGUAAAGGACAGAGUCGUCAUCAUGGCCCACAAGGCCCAGCCUGAUCUGCCCCUGCCCUCCUCUUCAGCCCUGCUUGUCUUGCUCGGCCCACCCCAACCUGCCUCACUGUUGUAACUCUUGACUCCUUCCUGACUCGGGCCCUUGUGCUUGCUAGUCCCCCUCCCCGGACGGUUCUUUCCCUAGAUCUUGUGCACUUUCCUCCAUUUUAUCAUUCAGGCCUUAGCCCAAAUGUCACCACCUCAGAGAGGACUUCCCUGGUCACCCUGGCCAGACUAAUAUCCCCCAGCAUUCAGUGUCUGCAUCCAUGCUGUGGUGUACCACAGUCGUUUCCUCCUUCCUUACAUAAUGUGCAUUCAUGAGUACUGUCGGCCUUCCGUAUCCGCGGUUCUUCCUCCACAGAUUUAACCAGCCAUGGGCUGAAAAUAUUCAGAGAAAUAAAAAUAAUACAACAAUAAGAAAUAAUACAA